UUCUUCUUCGAAAUCGACCAGCCAUCAAUUUCACACUCUCGAUCUCUUCUUCUCCGUCGAACAUCAUAAAUCUCUCUUGAUCUUGAUCAAUUUCCCACUCUAAAUUUCGAAUUUAGAGUACAAGGUUUUGACUUGAUUUUAUCAAUUCAGAAGCUGUAACCCUAAAUUGGAAACUGGGUGAAUAGAUUUAAUCAAUUCAGAAGUAUCCUCCACAAAUAAUUCCAGAUUGGGUUUCUUCACUUCAGGUAACGUAUUUUUGUGCACAAACCCUAUAUUCGAACGCGAACUCCGUUCUUUGUACACAACUGUAUUCUCCGCCUUCUACACCCUAAAAACACAUCAUUACAUCAAACUCUGAAAUUAGAAAUUGGGUGUAGACUGAAUUUGUUGAAAUGAUAGGAUUGAAUUGAAUGAAUUGGUUGAAAUUAGACAUUGGGUGUGGAUUGGAUUAAAUUUGUUGAAUGACAGGAUUGAAUUGGUUGGAUUGAAUGAAUUGGUUGAAAUCAUAGGAUUGGAUUGAAUGAAUUUAAGUUUGUGAACUCUCCUGUUUGUGUAACUGUCCAAGUGCAUCAUUGUGCUACUGCAUUUGCAUCUUCUAUUACCAUUGUGGAUGGAUUUAUCAAGUUCGCAUCCACGUCGAAGUCCGAGACUUACUGAUCUAGCUCGAGUUCGAGACCUAACGGAGACUGAUACUGAAAAAGAAAGGCGCCUGCGUCGUGCUCAAUAUAGGGCAAACAGGAUUCAGUUACUGAAGGCGAAAGAGAAGACGUCGUGCUGCUUAUCAUGCAAGAAUUAGUGCAGCAAAUCGCCAACCAGAUGACCGGGAAACCAGUUGUUUGUAAGUCAGCUGGAGAGCAUAAAGCAGAAUCAAGUUGCAUUCUUCGCCGAAGCCCGAGAAUUCAGCUGCAACAGAGAGCACUUCAGUUAGAGAAACGCCGUAUUGCAAUGGAAGAAAGACGAAGUUCAAUGAGUGAAAGUGACAAACAGCAGAUCCUUGAACAACGGCAUAGAGCUUAUCAAAUGCGAAGAACAACAAAGGAUGAUGCUACUAAUAAUGAGCACAGACCGGGACCAAGUAAUGCAAUGAGAUAUAUGAUGUCCACCUUAACGUCAGAUUUUUCCCGGCAAGUUCACCCUCAAGAUGAGCAAGAGGAUCACGCCACAGAAGCAUCUCGAAAGGGAAAAUCAGUUGCACUCGAUAACCAGGUAUUACCACCAUCGCGAUAUAUUUCUUACCAUGAUGGUGAACCCACGAUGGGAAGAUAUUACAAGUGCUCUGUUAGGAAAUCAGCAGCCACACGAUAGGCCUGAUUUAGUGGCAAGGGUAUUUGAGCUCAAAUGUAAGGCGCUGAUAAAAGAAAUACAAGAGAAGAACGUGUUUGGCAGGAUGGUUGGAUAUGUUUACACAAUAGAGUUUCAGAAGAGAGGGUUGCCGCAUAUGCACAUGUUGAUUUUUCUGGACAAGGAAGAUAAGAUACACACCCCAGAGCAGGUGGAUAAAAUAGUAUGUGCUGAGUUCCCAGAUGACAAGCAAGAUCCAGAACUUUUUCGAACAAUACAGAGAUGCAUGGUGCAUGGACCGUGUGGUGCUAGGAAACCGAGUGCAUUUUGCAUGGAGAAUGGAAAGUGCACUAAGAACUAUCCAAAACAAUAUGCAGAAUCAACUUCAAUUAGUGAUAACGGGUAUCCAAUAUACCGUCGACGCCAAGAUCACUGUGUUUUCAAGUAUCAGAACCAGUCCACUAAUAUGGAUGUGGUCCCUUACAAUCCACACCUUAGCAGGAUGUUUGAUUGCCAUAUCAAUGUCGAGGUUUGCUCCAGUGUCUUAGCUGUAAAGUACAUACACAAGUACAUAUACAAGGGACAUGACCUGAUGACUAUAGUUGCUUCUGGUGGCCCCAACGAGAUUCUUCAGUAUUUGAAUGCAAGGUACAUAGGAGCACCUGAUGCAGCUUGGCGUUUGCUUGGAAACCGUAUGCAUAAAGAGAACCCUAAAGUACAGCGUCUUGCAGUCCAUCUUCCAGGUAAGCAACGAGACGAUCCAGAGGAUCCAGUUGAGGUGAUACAAGAUAAAGCAGACAUUGUGGUAACCACAUUAAUGGGGUACUUCGACUACUACAGGUUACAUCCUAGAGCAAAGGCAUACACCUAUCAAGACUUUCCACCACAUUUCGUAUGGUCCGGUAAGGUAUGGACUCCUCGAAAGCAAGGCUAUGCUAUCGGGAGAAUGUAUUUUGUCGCCCCAAACAGUGGCGAACUGUAUUAUCUGAGGUUGGUGCUUACAGUAGUAGCGGGGGCGAGGUCGUUCAAGCACCUGAGAACUACGAUGAAUAGUGGUGUUCAAGAGGUCCACCGGACUUUCAAGUCUGCCUGUAUUGCAUUAAAUCUGUUGGAAGAUGAUGGAGAAUGUGAUAAAUGCUUGAAAGAAUCAGUCGUGAUCAAAACUGCACAUCAGCUGCGACAACUCUUUGGUCUUAUACUAACCAAGUGCAAUCCUACACGACCAGAAGUUCUGUGGGAGAGGUAUGGAAAGGAUAUAUGUGAUGAUUUGCCAUUCAGGAUCAAAAGACAAUACGAAAUUGAAAAUCCAACUGAGGAGCAGGUUCUUGAUUAUGGUCUGUAUCUCAUGGAGAAGAUAGUGCAGGAGGAAGGGAAGGAAAUGAAGGAUCUUGGAAUGCCCCAACACACCGGUGACUGGAGCCGAAUUGUUGGAAAUCGAUUAAUAUGGGAGCAAAGACAACUUCAGUUUGACAUUCAAAAACCAGUGGUGGACUCGAAUGUGGAGAAAUUCAAUGCUGAACAAAGACUUGCAUUUGAGACAAUCACAGAUUCCGUAGUGAAUAAUCUCGGUAAGACAUUCUUUUUAAAUGGUAGUGCCGGGACGGGGAAGACUUUUGUGUACAACACAUUGGCAGCAACACAUAGAAGCAGCAAGGGUGAUGUUGUUUUGACCGUCUCUUCUUGCGGCGUAUCUGCAUUGCUUCUGACCGGUGGAAGGACAGCACAUUCAACAUUUAAGAUACCUUUCGAGCCACAAUCUGAUUCCAAGUGUAAUGUCGAUUUUGAUUCGAUCGAGGCAGAAUUGUUUCGAGCUACCAAGUUGAUCAUAUGGGAUGAGGUAGCAAUGCAACACCGAUUUUGUAUCGAAGCCGUAGAUCGUACCCUAAGAGAUGUCAGAUCAAGUAGCGAACCAUUUGGAGGGAUCACUGUUGUGCUUGGAGGAGACUUUAAGCAAACUUUGCCGGUGGUACAAAAGGGUCGUAGAGAACAAAUCAUAGAUGCGUCAGUUAGAAGCUCUGUUUUGUGGAGAGACGUGAAUGUGCUUAAGCUCACACAAAACAUGAGGCUUGAGAGUCAAGAUCCUGAUAGCAUUGCGUUCGCUGAGUACUUACUUCAGGUGGGCGAAAAUCCAGAGCCAAAAGUUAACUUGCCAUCCGCUAUGUCAAAAUGUGUCAAUCUACAUGAGUUGAUUUCAAAGAUAUAUCCGAGAAUUGAAGAAAUGAGAAAGCCCUUUGCUGAAUAUAUGACCGAAAGAACGAUAUUGUCUCCUAGGAACGACGAGGUUUCAGAAAUUAAUCUAGUUUUUCACCUGUGCUACGCACGGGAAUGUUUUUGACUUGAGAAUGAGUUGGAGCAAUUCCUAUCAGAUGGGUGAAUUAAAGAUUUGUCUAUUUUGAUCCCAUUAUGGGAUGAGCAAAAGUGAAAAAUGGUGCAACGUGCAGGUCUUCUUCAACCUCCGUCAAUAUUGCUUGACCACUCGGCAGUUUUUGUGUUUCCGAUAACUAAUUUACUAUAUUUAUUUCACUUUAUCCUAUUAUAUUUAUUAUUCUUUA